UCUGCUCCUGGCCCUGCACAGGUGUCCGGGCCUCGCGGUUUCCUUUGGCAUAGACUCGGAACUCCUUUCCCCGGACGAGGAGCAGGAACUCUCCCGGCACUGUCCGGGGAGCGCUGCCCGGGCCGGUGCCACUGCAGGAAAAGCUGUUCUCCCGACCCUGGAAGGCCCUGGCACWGUUCUCCCGUCUCUGUGUUCGGGGGUUUACGUGGGAAUCGAGCAGAAUGGAUCGGUAUCGAUAUUUCAUCUUUAACCAGAGGAUCAUGGUCAUACUGGGGAUGUUCCAGAUAGCCUUCAGCACCGUGUGCGUCGCCAGUGGGUUCAUAGAUGGCAUUUUCAGAACAGAGUCUCAGCUGGGCAAAACCAGAGCUCCAGUUUGGGCUGGCAUGGUGAUGGGAGUCCCAGGCAUCCUGGCUUUGUUCUCCUCGCAGAAGAAGAAUCCAAUUCUCGUGAAUGUACUGCUGGUUGCCUCCAUAAUCUCUCUUGUUGCCAUCSUCAUUGUAAUAAUGUAUAGCUCCUUCACACUGAACUAUGGUGAAGAGGAGGAGCUGAGUUCUGCCCCAGUGCAUGUUAUCCAUACUAGGUUCAUACUCAGUAARGUAGUCAAGGGUGCUAACAUAGCCAUGUUGGCUGCAUCCAUCUGCAGUGCCUUUUCUGUGAUGGCCAUGGKUUACUUGGGAUGCCGGAGCCUUCCAUGCUGCUCCUGCUAUGACAGUGUAACUGGGAUGGAAUGGUUGCAACCUARUGAGGACCAAAAUCAGGCUGUGGARAUGGUUUGUGCUCUACAAAGCCCUGGGGGCAAAAUUUUUAACUUGGCAGAUCARUUUCCAGCCCAGGAUGUAGAUGCAGAGGAAGAGACAUCCAAACCUCCACCAUAUAUCAGAAUGACUUGAAAAAGAGGCCAAACAUUUUGUUCAAAUGUGGCAAGAGAGAUGCAAUAAGUUCUUAGUCUUUAAAGAUGGUUAUGCACUUUUCCUUGGCCUUUUGAAAAGCACACAAAGAAUGCCAGAGAACUACUGAAUGCCAAACAUUGAGCAGAGAUCACAGGACAGAGAGAAAGAUCUGCAGGUGAAUUUGAGUGUUCAGACUGCAUAUUGAAAAUACCUCAUUGCCUCUGGAAAGUGAGAGCAUGUUUUCCUACAGCUUUUSUACUAAAAUCAUGUUUUAUUUUACUAAAAUCCAUCACACAAUUUGCGUAGCAGUGAUAGCCUUAGGCAUUUAAAUAUUAAAAACAAUUCCUUUUUUUUCAACUGCUGUCUUAAUUUCUCCCUCUAACUGAAUGAAUUAUUUGGAUGAUAAUGAAGGACCCACUUCAUCCUUGAGCUUCAGAGUAUUUUCCUUUUCUUUUUCAUAGGAAUGGAGGCAGGUAAAGUUUUUUAUAUGAAGCCUUGAUAAGGUUCUGUCAAAAUGUAGCUUCUGUGGGGUGUACAUGUGUCAGUACAAUUAGUUUUAGUGCUGAAGUGUAAUUAGAGUGUGGCAGGAACUGGAGCCACAGUAGCUGCUCUUAUGAAGUAACUKAAAUACUCUGAAUUGAGUUCAAGUUUUCCUAUUUCUACUUUGUAGACUGAAAGUUUAAARUAAAUCCUUAAUUUAGGGCCAAUUCUGCUAAAAUUUAUUAUGGAUCUAGACAAAGGUCUUCUGUUGUAUUUUCUCUAKGGGACCUCUUUGUCCUCUAGACCAAAAAACUACAGCUUCCAGUCAGCUUCUGUCAUCUCCUGAMGUACACAGAAUUCCCAUAUGUACURUAUGUUUCACUUUUAAGUGAAUGUCCAGUGUUUAUCUUGCCUGCGGGCCUUGAGCAGGAAGUGGUAGAUUACUUAUCCCACGAGGCAAAUUAACACAGGAUUUAAACAGGGCCUGGAAAAUAAGCUCCCAUCUUGAGAAAGUGGGUAGUAGGAAAAGUCAUGCCCCCCAUGAGGCAUGUAACUCCAGGAACAAUCUCAUAUAAAAUUUAUCAAAUUGCAGCAAAUAAGGUACCAUUCAUGGUCUCAAGAGUUACUGAUUUUUUUUUUCUCUAAAGAAUGAAGUUCCUUUUCAUAAUGCUGGUAAAGUGACUCCAAUACCUAAAUGGCUUUAAACUAAAGAGGGCAGGUUUAGAUCAGAUACUGGGAAGAAAUUCUUUGCUGUGAGGAUGGUGAAACACUGGAACAGGUUGCCCAAAGAAGCUGUGGAUGCUCCAUCCCUGAAAGCUCUGGAUGGGGCUCUGAGCAGCCUGAUCUAAUGGAAGGUAUCAGCUGGAGGCUUGAUACRUGCCACAGUAGCCAAAUUCUUCCUGGCCACAGAAUGGUUGUGGUUGGAAAGGACUUCUGGGGAUCAUCUAGUCCAACMYACUCSUAUGCCAGCCAAAACACAGCUGGUGUCUUAUUCAUUUGAAGGUAUCAAUAUUUGAAUUGCUUUAAUACAUGCAGUAUUAAUGCAGUAAUUCAAAAAGGAGUGCUGUGCUUUUUUCUCUGGAAUAGUGCCUGUCAGCAGGCAUCAAAGCACCAAGCGUGACUGCUCUCCCUGUCCUUARAUGCUUUUUGCACAACUCCACACCAUCUGUAAUGAAAUGCUGCAGAGUUUCKUCUUGAUUAACACAAAUUGCUGUUCUUGUACAUUAAAAGAAAGUAAGACUUCCUGAGAGGGUACUGGGCUCACUGAUAGCUGCAAGCAGCAUGGCUCUGGUUAGUCUAGAACAGAUUUUUCAUUGCUAAAAUGCACUGCUCAGCCUUUGCAUCAUUUCUGGGUGGGAGUUGUGGUCCCAUCCAGAAGUGCUGUUCCAUAACCAUGGAGUGGUUAUGUGUGAGAUGGGACAGUCUGAGCAUAUUUCAACAGCAUUUGACUGCUGGUUGAACAAAACAAUUUGCUUUUACUAUGAGUAUGCAGAGCAACACAUCACUAGUCCUUGCUCAAGUGCUGUGCUGUUUCCAUUGCCAUAGGCAAAUUCCUGGGAUGAAGGUGACAGUGCCACCACAGCAGCUGCAGGCCAGGUCCUCCUGGGGCACRAGCCAAGUACCCAGCCCAGCUUUGAAAGCCUUUGAUCAGUGGCAUUUAGUGACAGGCAUGGCAGGUACUCUUUUGGCUGUUGAAUAGCCUUAGCAGCAGAUGUUGAAGUAUUAGGGUGUAAAAGAGAAUAAAAAUGUAUGCAGUUGAUUAGCAGCAGCUCUAAGCUGCUGUAUUGCUUCUGGUCCUUCCAGUGGUGCAGYUGUUGCAGGUCACUCAGAGAUACAUGAUUUCAGCACAGUUUUUUCUACAAAAGUGGGGGUUUCCAGAAAAAUUACAGCUGCAGAAUGGAAAUUGGUGGGAACUGAUUACGGGUUUAAUGUCACUCCUUCUCUUUGGUUAGUGUUGCAGAAAAURCAUUCCUGACUGCUGUUUCCAAUGCUACAUUUAGCAGCCUGUUCUUCAUGCAAGGUACAGCAUCUUCCCAGAGCCUGCCUGCAUUUCUAGGGACAUUCCAUGUCUUGUGUCACCUCCAGCUUUCACUGGUGGGAAGUCAGGUGGAGUUAUGGACCCCGUUAUGGAUCCCAAGCACUUUGUGCUCACCUCGUGUCAGCAUUGCUUGUAUUAAGUCUAAGACAAGGCAUUUACAUCAAAAAACGUUACCUCAAGUAGGCUGAGACAAACAUUACCCUAUUCCCCAACACACAGAACAAGGUACACAAAAUCCCCGGGUGAUAAAAGCAAAGCCUGCCAGCCUCACCGUUAGCAGUGGCCAGAGUUAAUCACCCAGAAUAACCAGAAGGUUAAUCAGGGAAGCUGRUUCUGGUAGUUAAUGUUCAGCUAAGGGCAAAGAAUUUUCUGAACUCAUUUCCCCAACAGAAGKGGCAGGAGUAGUGGGGGAGGAGGAAAAAGAAGGGAUCUUUAUCAUGGUGAGAAUCAGGGAACCCUUUCAGGUAUCUCUUUGACAACAGGACUAUUUGGAAUUUUUUAAAUAUAUUUUUUUAGUAUUUAUUCUUUAAUUUUUUUGGGGGAGGGGGGGUAGAUAUAUGUUUGCUGCAGUUCCUGCCUUAUGCUGCUGGUGCUCAGGGCCAGGGCAGCCUUUGCUGGGCAUAAAUGUCUUUCCCCUUUGCUGUCAAAAGACMCUGAGAAACCAGGGGAUACAGAAAGUCACAGCUCUGCAUCUCCAUACCCCCCCCUGUACUAGCAUGAAGUAGUUGGAAACUGAAGUAAAGCUUCACUGUAGAUAGAUGAACUAAAAUAUUYUGAGUGGGGAAUACAUAGGUCUUGCUCUUUAAAUAUGCUGCUGACUGCUAGGGAAAGGCAGGCUAUGGAAGAGAGCCUUAAAAGAGCUGGGAGUUGUAGUAAUGAAUCAAAAUACAGAUAUGUUCUGAAAAUAGGAAGUGGUAUUUGCCUGCAGCUGAGAGGAGGAAUAUUCUGGGUUUUGGUGUUUUUUUAAGUCAGUAGAAACUCCACCUAAUAUAAGGAGCACAACAU